UGACGAUUACAACAGCUUUUGAUACAAAUCAAUGACAAAAAGACACAUGAAAUUAAGUUUGACGCGUAUUAGAUAUACUGAACCGAGGUAAACCUAGAAAGAACUUGGGAACUACUUCCGCUUCUUGCGCAUGAAUAUACCAAAAGAAAGUGUGUUGUGCGAACCCAAAUAUUGUCCUCAGCCAGAGAGACACAGUUGUGGAAACUACGCGAUCACGACUCAGGAGACCUGAGAGGUCUCUGGGCUGCUCUGCACCAAGAUGUCGUCUGAUGACGUGGCUAAGAGCGUUGGGAGAAAGCUGAAAUACUACAUGCAGAUCAAACGCAGGGAAGAUGGUUUUGACCUUUCAGGAGCUUACCUUCCGCAACAAGACUACCCACCCCUCAAGCCGAGACCACUGAUGUUGUACCAUGAUGAGAGGAUGCACGACCGCAGUCUCAAGCACUACUUCCACAGCCCCAAUGUCAAGACUAAGAUCCAGAAGCUGGGUCCACCUAAGACUCCCUACAAUCAGAGAGAGGGCAAAGUCAGGAGACGGAUAGACAGGGUGGUUACCAAGACUCAGUUUGUGGAGCCGCUGAUUCAGGAUUUCAAUGCACCCCACUCCCCAAGGGGCAGGCGCCGCUCACCCAGUAGAAGAGCAAGGCUUCGUCCUGCAAAGAAGGUGCUGAGGCGGUCACCACCACCAACCAUCACCAAGGGAGAGGCCCAGAGACUGGUCUCCAUGGCAACCAAGUUACUUGUGGCAACAGAAACUGUGGAUUUAGAUUCUUUACCUGGGUACCACCGAGGUCCCACUGCCUCAUACCCUGAGGUCACAGGUGGAAGACUUCCAACCCUGGCAGGACGAGUUCCUCAGAGACCACAGAGUGCUCCAGCCAAGGAACAAAAGAAGCGGAGAGUGAGAUACACGUGGGACAUCAACGGGCGCAGAGUCCCUGUAGAACCGUACAUGCACGUGGAACCAGGCAGUGAUGAGGACCCAGACAGGGAGCCUACUCCUCCUGAGUAUAACGGCAUGAACAUUGCUGUGUCCAAUGGCUCCACUAGACACAUACCUGAGUGGUUACAACUACAAAUGUCCAAGUUGGACAUGGAGGGGAGAGAUCCUCAGCAUCAGGUCCGACCCAAGUCAGCCAAGUGGAGGCGCGGCAGGCGGACCACCUCCCCUCGCAGCCAGCGCCCGUACUCUGCCCACCCCACGGCCUACUACCCGCCUGUUCCCCCUGAGAUGUACCUGGACCUCCCGCCUAACUCCCCCCCUGCAGGGAUGCCUCCGUACGCCUGGUCGCCCGAGUCUAUGGACAUGGCAACUCAGACCAUGGAGGAGAUUGGGACUCAAACAGACCUGGAGGACAGUGGGAUGUCCACUCUGCAUAGUGGAAAGGUAUCCUCCAAACCGUCUGUGACAGAAGAGGUAGCCUAUGAAGUGUCUGUCCACACUGCUGACCGCCCAGCAGCCAGUCUGAACCCAGAGGCUGCAGUGUUCGUCCAGCUGCACGGGAAGAAGGGAGGGACAGAGGAGGUGAUCCUACAGGAGUCCAAGACUCACAGAAUGGCCUUCCAGAAGGGACAGAUCGACAGGUUUGAUAUUCAGACGACUGAUGUGGGAAGACUGCUGUCUAUCACUGUAGGCCACAGGCACACAGACACAGAUUGUGCUUGGUACCUGGAUAAGGUUGUAGUGAAGAGACUUGGGGAGACAGCUGUGACAUACGAGUUUCUCUGCAAGUGUCAGCUGUCUGCUGAAGAUAACAAGGCUGUGAUGGAGCUUCCACUCAACUGGUGCUCGACUGAACUAGAUGACUCAGACAAGACAUUGUCAAGCUCAAGUUCUGAGAGCGACUUCUCAGAGGAAUCAGAAACAGAGUCAGAGCUGGGAUCCAAAGGGUCUCAUAGGUCAGGCUCACAGAAGUCCAGAUCUCAUGGGUCAGGAUCUGAAAGAUCUGGAUCUCACAAGUCAGGAUCUAAACAAUCCGGAUCUCAUAAGUCUGGCUCAGAGAGGUCUGAAUCUGAAGCAGAAUCAAGGAAGUCAGAAGCAGAAUCUGGCAAAAGUGAGCAAUCUAGAAGAAGUGAAGGGUCAAGAAAAAGUGUGGGAUCACGGAAAAGUAAAGAAUCUGCAAGAAGUAAUGUUUCAAGAAAAAGUGAGCAGUCCAGAUCAAGUGCAGGGUCUAGGAAAAAUAAAGAGCCAGAGAAGACUGUAGAGAGAACACCUUCCCCUGACUUGGAGAGCAAAAGGAAACGUAGACACAGAAGACCAGAAUCUCGUUCAUCGCUUUCUGGGCAUGAUGAUGAGAAGAUGGAUUCAGACAAGGAAGUCGAGGCUGAGAGAGAGACUUUCGUUCGUCCAAAAACUGCAAGAGGCAGGAAGGUUCCCAAACACUCAGAUUCUGACUCUGAGCGGAGACCUUCCAGUGAAACUAAGGGGCUGACCCAGGUACUUAUUGUGCAUCCAGAGGAAGAGGAAGCAAAAUCUGAUGUGGAAUAUUCUGCCACAGACAAUGACUCUGUAGCCGUAACUGACCGCAGUGAAAAGAUGAGCUAUGUGGAACCAAGUUCAGACAGCAGUCUCUCGGAUGUUGAGAAUGAACCAUACUACCAGAAAGAUCUCCCAUCAGAUAGAGAUACUAAUGAGGAACAGGAAGAGGGAACACCACGGAGGCUGGUGAAUUACAGUGACACGGCAGGAGAAGGGGAGGGCAGUGGCAGUGAGGAGGAGGAAGACGCAAAGGCACAGGACAGUGACAGCAGUGACUCUCAGUCAGUCCAUAGCGCAAGGCUAGUGUCAGCAGUGGAAGUAGAAAAAACUCAGGUGGAAAUGAGGCACGUGGUACAGGAGCCGGUAGCCAUGGCCCAUGGCCCACCUCCAAGGAAGGUAAUACUGAAACAAGUACCAACCGCAAACCUGGUAACUACUGUGGCUGAGGUCCAUGUACCUACGCCAUAUGAAACAGGUGUGGCUCUGGAUGAGCCUGAAAGAGAAGAGUCUUUACCAAGUGAGGUUGAGAGGACGGAGACUGUUACAAGUGAGCCUGAGGGGACAGAGACUGCUCCAAGUGAAAGUGCGAGGACUGAAACUGUACAGGAAGAAGCUGGAGACCUGAACGAAAUCACACCACCCACCUCCCCGACCAUUGAGGAGUCUGAGGGAAGUCUCAGUCCACGUAGAUUGAGUGAUGUUGGUGAGACCAGUGGCGAGACUCCUGUGCCGAGGAGUGAUGAGACGUCACAGAAAGAGGAGGAAGAGAGGGGACAGGGGAGUGGGGAAAGUGAAGUUGAAGGGGAAGACAGCACAAAAGCUGAUGAUGAGGGGCUGGAAGGGAAAGAUGCAGAUCAACAGUCAGAGCAGAAAGAAGCUGAUGACAAUAUUGAAGUAAAGGCUAGUGAUGAUGGUAAAGAAGGUGAAAAUGUAGAAGAUACUGUGGAAAAUGAAAAGGAUGACAAAGAGAAAACAGAUGGAGGAGAACAAGAAAUGGAGGACUCUGGGAAGGGAGAUGAUGAGAAGAAAGAAGAAACUCCUGAAGAAGCCGGUAGUGUCUUCAUGGAAGGUUUUAAGGCGGGCCUUGAAGCAGUGAGAAAGUCAAGUAUGUCAACAGCGAGCCCCUCAGCAAGCCUCGCAUCACUACAGGCAGAGGAGGCCCAUCCCAAAAAGGGUCCAACAAUCCACCAAGCAGCCAAGAUAGGGGACUUGGACAGACUGAAGGAGCUUGCCACAUAUUCAGAGGAACUUAUGAGCCAAAUGGAUGAACGAGGCUGGACCCCCCUCCAUGUUGCUUGCGCAAAUGGCAGAUUGGAGGUUGUGAAGCACUUGUCUGUGAAGACGGCCAACCUGUACAAGGAGACGCCUACUGGGUACACGCCGAUGCACAUUGCUGCCAUGAACGGCCAUGUCAACUGUAUGAUGGUCCUGCAUGCCAUGGGAUGUCCCAUCAACUCCCGCAGUGCAGACAGCCAGACCCCGCUGCACCUGGCUGCCAUGAACGGACACCCUGAGUGCUGCAAGUGGCUGCUGGCCAACCGUGCAUCGCUGGACGCCAAGGAUGCCAUGGAGCGGUCGGCGCUCGAGCUGGCAGAAGAGUACAGACAUGACGCUGUGGCUGAGCUGCUGAGAACGUGCAGGAAGGAGCUGGAGAGGAAAGACAGCUCCCUCAGUCUGCUCAGGACAUCGGGGACAUCUAAAGAUGCUGAUGUUGGCCCACCGGUGGAGGAGAGUGAAGAAACAGAGACAUGGCAUGAUGAUAAAGAAGAUAGGAAACGCUCCUAUCAAGAACAGCAGGAGAAGAUGGCAACAACCAACACCAGCUUCCUGGAUGCUAUCAGAUCAGAAUUUGAAUAAUAAAGAUUAUUCUACAAUAUAGAUGUGCCACUCAAAUAAUGUAGAUGUGCCAUAUCAGAGGAACAAACUGUAACAAAAUGGUUCUGAGUCAUUGAAUUAAUAGGAUAACAAAAUAUCUCCUUCAAAGAAGUAGCAAUGCAUAAGAUCUGUAUUGUAGAACUGUACAUGGAAAUCAUGUAGAGCUUUGUAAUGUCACAUGUCAGUUGGUCAACUUUGGUCUGACUUUUUUACAGAAAAUUUAUGUCUUGUUUGUAAAUAACUGCAAUACUGCAGGAUUGAUCGCUGCAUCGACAGCCUUGUGAUGGGAUUAUCUAAUACGUUUGUCAAGUGGAACUUAAGAAUAUUUUUUUAGUAUCUACUGCUUAAAAAGAUCAGGAAAGUCGUUUGAGGCUGAAGAAAUUAAGUAUGUGUGCAGCAAUAUAGAUUGUACAUUUUGUACUUCAACAUUACCUUAUGACCAAAAGUGGACAAUGGGCCUACUACUAGUACGUUGUUUCUGUCCAUAGGCCUGGUAAAAGCUGAAUGAAUUCAUAGAAAUUGUCAACUAAGAAAAUAGUGAAAAUUAUUGUGAUGAGAUGUGGGGUAAGACUGCAAUACUUGAAGUAUGAUGUCUCUGCAAUAUCAGUGGGAAUAUGAAACUGAAGUGGUUGCUUAUUAUUAUGGAGAUUAAGUUUUUGUCUGUAUGAUGUCUUCACCUUUCGAUAUGAAAUUAUGAUGUUUAGUUUCCUUGUGUAUGUAUAUACCAUUUUUGUGGAACACUGUAGCUUAAUGGUCAGAGGAAGUAUAACUAGUUUACACCUCAGUCAGAUACAUUGUAAUGAUGACAUCUCUUGUGAUCACGUAGUCUAUUUGCUUCAUUGUACAGUUUCUGUUUGGAGGCAGAGCAGAACUUAGCAGGGUGGUGCAACCGUAAUAUACAAUAAUAUCACAAUAGGAAUUAAUUGCAAAGUUGUUGAUCACAUCAAGUACUAUGUAGUGAGCCUAGUUGCUGCUAUGUAUCGCAAGUACUAUUAGAACAGUGAAACAGAAUAGGUGCCUGGUGCCAACUUUCAUGGAAGUAGCAGUUGUGGCAGUAACAUUGUUACAGUGACUGUCUACAUUUCAAUAGAUGUGCAGUUUUUUUUCAA